AUGGUAUUUGCACAGAGCAGAAACUACUUCACUUUCAGAAAACUUCGAGAACAACUUUCACAUAUGGAUCUAAAAGCGCAAAGCAGUCCAUUCGUAAAGCAACUCGCAUCGAGCGACCGACAUGCCCGCGAUGAGGCACUACAGAGUCUAAGAGUAUAUCUCGGAUCCCGGAAAGGGCUGAACGAUAUUGAGCUCUUGAAGCUUUGGAAAGGACUCUUUUACUGCAUGUGGAUGAGCGAUAAGCGACCGGUGCAGCAACGUCUAGCCAACGAUCUUGCAAGCCUUGUUGACAUACUACCACACGAGACGGUACUGCCUUUCCUAAGUGCAUUCUGGAAAACAAUGGCGGCACAGUGGAGUGAGAUAGAUCGGUUACGCAUGGACAAGUUCCUACUCCUCAUACGCCGCUACCUCCAUACCUCCUUCAAAUUUCUCUCGCAUGACAAUUGGAAGAACACUUCCGACAUCACCGCACACGCGGAGGUCCUCCAAACAACGCCGUUGAAUAUCUACGACAGCAAAAUACCGAAUGGACUACGACUACACGUUGCGGAUAUAUUUAUUGACGAAUUGGACAGGGUUGAUGAGGAAAGGCAAGGGCACAUGCCACUAAAUACAAUGCUGGAGCCGCUGAAGGAACUCGGCACAAAGAGCCCGACGAAACCAGUGCGUGAACGUGUGAAAGAGGCUUUGGAGGACGAGAGACUACAAGACUGGAAUGGCACUGGUCAGGAGAAGCCAUCAUCUUCCGGGGCUGAGUUGGCAGUGGAGAGCGAUGAGGAAGAAUGGGCUGGAAUCGACGAAUGA